UCUGGAUUGAAAUCGCUACUGCUCUUGGACCUCAGCUUCGAGCCUGUUACCAAGCAGCUUCGCUGGCGUUUUCUCUUCCUUACAACCCAUCACUUUACAAACCACAACCGUAUCUCUAUCUGACGCAAGCUCUUGUCUCGUUGGGAACAAUGCCCAGGGAUCCUCCUACCUUCCUCACCCUCCCGCUCGAGCUCCGCCUCGAGAUCUACUCCCAUCUCCUCGUCCUCCCACCGCCACCGCCCCGCGAAAGCCUCCGACCAAUCUACCGCUGCUCGUUCGCCGCCUCGCGGGCCCUUGGCUCCCCCACGGGAACAAACUCGAAGCCCACCCUCCACCCCCAAAUCCUCCGCGUUAACAAACAAACCUAUCACGAGGCCCUCCCCAUCCUCUACGGCCAAAACACCUUCUCCGCCCACCCGGUCCAGUUUACCGCCCGACCAACUCUCUACCACCCGUACUGCUCUCCUUGCCGACCGGUCACCACCGUCACGCCCGUCGGAGUCGAAUACGACCACCCCAAGUCCUCCUCUUCCACACACGCACCGGGAGCAGAGGGAAGGAAAGAAGGAGAAAACGAAGCGGGAAGAGGGAAGAGAACCGCCCUGGCCCUGACGAACCCAAACAUCAGACUGAUCCGGAAAUGGCACCUCCGCGUCCGCCUGGACGGGCCCGCCAGCCCAGCUCCCGGAGUCCCAGCAGCAGCUACCCCAGCCCACUCUCCAGAGGAACAAGGAGGCGAUGAUGCUUCACCCGCUUCCAUGUCGCUCCCUUCUAUCGCCACCGCCAGCGCCAUUGCCACGGGCGAUGAUACUAUUCCUACCAGCAGCAACCGCAGCAAGCCAGCCACUCAGCCAGAAGGACCGCCGGGUCCCCCAUAUUCAAACCCGAUCGCAGCCGCCUUCAGCAACGCCGAGUCCCUCACCCUUGAUCUCUGGCGCGGAGGGUUUACCACCUCGGGACACGGAGCAGCAACAGCAGCUACAGGAGGAGGAGGAGGCGACGACGAAGGGGGAGGCGAGGAAGUCGGCGGUCCGGCGGCGCUCCGCCCGUUCGAGGACGUGCGCGGCGUCCGGCGCGUGCGCAUCGUCGGCGCGACAGCCGGGAUCGAAGAGUACCUCGGCUGGCUGCAGGAGCGGAUGACGGUGCCGACGACGACUGCGACUAAGGUAUCCGGUUAAGGUCUACCCUUUGUCCUCGGGGAGGACCAAAAAAAAUAUUAGAAUGAGAAUGAGAAGGAGAGAAGAGAGG